GUACACAACUUCCUUGAUCAGCGUGUACUCUACGUAGGGAUGGCUGCUUUUAGUUUUGUUUGGAUUGUGGUUUUUGGUGUAUUUCUUUUUCACUAUUCAGAAGAAUGGACAUUCAUAGAUGUUGGUAGUAGAUCAAUCUCACUCGGAGAAUCAUAUUUAUCCGUCACCAGGUGCGAUCAAUUUCCACGAAAUUAUUUUAGGAAUAAGACUAAUGACUUGAGACCCGAACUGUUUCUUCAAUUUCGCCAAAACAAAACCAAUAAAUGGGAGACACUUAUUGAGGUCAACAAAUCAGGAACAUUCAUAACAAACAUUAGUAAAGCUAUUAAAACAGACAUUGUGAGAAAUGAAACAUGUGACAACAACCGAUACCGAUACCGAUACCGCCGAUCGCAGUGCAGGAUAUACGCCAACAUAUCAAUGCACUUGGAAACCUGUAAGGAUAAUCUUUUUCCCAGCUUCCGAUGCCAAUUUUCAGAUGGAACAGAUACAGAGAUCUCAAGGGAUUUGGAACUGGAAAUAAAAGGUAAACCAAUUUUUAUUGAUUCCCCAUCAAUUGUGAAUCCGUUGACUUCAAAAGUAUUUGAACUUGGAGAAGUGUUGCAGCUACAAUGUUCUGGAGACAAGAACUUCAGUACACAGUUUACAGACAUCAGGUGGUGUAAGUUUGCAUCAGGACAGUUUGAGGUGAUAUCCUUACAAGAGAAUCCCCAAACUCAAAUUGUAUCUCAAAGAGAACAUGAUUGUACCUUUGUACAAAAAUCAGAGAUCUUCUAUCACAUCACGGAUGACGACAAUGACCCAGAAUUCAUGUGUGAAUUAGAAUAUAAUGCAAACAGUAAAAUAUGUGGCAAAGGAAGAUUUAACUCAACACUUCGAAUCCCGACCAUUUUAAAAGGUGACAAAUGGACACUAUCUCCUGUUAUAAUUUACAAUGAAGAUUCGAUGCUUCAUCCACAAAAUAUAACUAUGGAGGGAAUAGGCAGAACUGUACAACUUCUCUGCAUAGGAUCUAAAGUAAACCAAACCAAGUCCGUUAUGGAAAAAAUUAUGUGGUGCAUAAGGAAGAAAAACAAUACCAAAUGGAAACCGAUCGUUCUUCAAGAAGACAAAAUAGAGUCAAUGAUAAAUACUAGCGGAAAAAUAACAAUUUACAGUAAAAUCACUUAUCACUUAAUUGGGCUGGAUAAAUAUAUUGAUGUUAUGUGUCAGAUUUCCUCGUCAACCAAUUGCGGAAGUGGGGAAGUGUCUUCCACUGUCUCCUUGCAAAUAAAUCCCAGUGAAUUAGAAGACCAGUAUUAUCCGAAACAAAGAGAAAUAGUUGAACCUGAGAGAAGAGAAUCAUGGCUGGUAGUGACAAUGAUUAUCUCUGUGACACUAUUGAUAGGCAUCCUGUUCCUCUUGUUUGGAUUUGUAAUCAAAAGGAAAUGCAAACAAGUUGUCACUGCACCAAACGAAGACUAUAGUAAUACAGAAUUAAACAGAGGGUGUUCGCCUAAAGGAAGAGCAGGAGAUAUUUACCAAAAUCAACACUGUAGCCCGACUGCUAAUGAAAGUGACAAUACAUAUGAGAUGCCUUUAAGCCCAAUUAAACAACCUACUUACGAGGAGAUGAACAAGAGUGACGUCUGCAAGGAAGAAUACGAAGCUUUGUCAUUUUAGACAAUGUUCAAAUCUUUCGUUUAAUAUUGACAAUGUGUGUUUACAUUUGUUGAACGCUAUUUUUUUCCUUUAGAAUCUGCAUGAAAAUUUCGUAAUAAUAAUUUUAAUUUUUCAUCGGUCUCAUACAAUCACACUUAAGCCAUCAGUAAAAAAGUAAGAUUUUAACUCAUUAAGAAAUGAAUCUGAUGUUUUCUUUUUUAUCGACGUAUCAAAUGAAAUAUAGUUCUGAAAACUUUUUUCAUGAUGCGUGGGGAAUCAAAACAAAAGGCGGAAAACUUAUCAAUUAAUUUGCAAAUAGCCAAUGUUCCCAUUCAUUCUUUAUCAGCAGGAACAUAUUACAUCAAAUUCAUUUCUUAAUAUUUUGUUAAAAUAUAUUCCAAUUAUAAAAAGUAAGGUGUCAUUAAUCAAAAGGAAUACACAACAAUACAAAAAUUUUUGAAAUGGAUGAACUAUCAGCUGAUGCUAAGUAAUUGGAUUGAUUACAAAAUGAAAAUUGCUGAUAUCUGUAACGACUGAAUUUGAAACGAAGGAAAAUGCAUGCGAUACUUGAGAACUUCUUCCCCGUGAAGCAAGAUUCAUUUAAACUGAAAAGAGCAAUUUAGUGAUGGAAUGGACCUGUGAAAUAUACAACGGGGCAUUAACCUGAUGCAAGAAGACAGAACGUGUACACAAACAUUUUAUGUGUCGACAAAACGGUAUAUAUGUUCAAAUUCUGCAAAUGCCAUAAUAAGUCUAGCCAGCGGGGUACUUUUAAAUGGCGUACUCGCCGCGUUGAACUCACUGAAGCCUGAAGGAGGAGGAUCAGGCCGAUUAUUCAUCGUUAAGAAUUUAAGCAGUAAUAUCACUGCUGUGCCAAUGUGUUAGACUUCCUAGAAAAGCCAAUCAAGCCUCGCCGGAAAUGUUGAUUGUACUUUCAAGCAGGCAAAAUCAUGAGAUAUCACUUAAUUUUCUGUUUCGUGAAUUAAUCUUUAUAUGGUUUUUUGGGGUUUUUUAAGGUUAGCUUUAAUUUUCUACAUUGUUAUAUGAGAUUACCAUACAAUUAAAUGUCAUAACUUUACAUUUCACUGUUCUUUUUUUUUAUUUCUGUUCUAUAUACAAAUAGUGUUUGAUUUCCUGUGGUAAGAAAAGGUAGACCUAGGUAAUGUACCCGGUCACAUGUAUGUAGUUGUAUAGCUAAAAUUUUUCGCUGAAAUAAUAUGACUUCAUAAUAUUGUACAGUAUUCAUCUUGUAACACUGGAUUCAAAAAACAAAAGCAUUGAUAACGACUUACUGCUUUUUGUCGUUGAUCGAAUGAUUCAACAUGUUUGC